GCGCCCGGGGCCGCUGGGCUGCGCUUCCGGGGCUCUGCGGUCCUGGCGCGCGGGGGCGGCUUCGGAGCUCACCGAGCCGGGAGGCUGGGAUGAUGAACCGGAUGACCCCAGACCAGGAGCGGGCGCCGGCGUCCGAGCCCGUGUGGGAGCGGCCGUGGUCGGUGGAGGAGAUCCGCAGGAGCAGCCAGAGCUGGUCGCUGGCGGCCGACGCGGGCGUGAGACGCGGGCCCGGGGACGCGAGGGCGGCAGGGGUGACGCUCGGCCUGCGCGGGAGGACGGGGCCGCGACUGCCCCUGCACCCGGGCCGCCGGGUUGCCCGCCCUCUUAGGAGCACAGGCCCCUCAUAGCCCCGGAGAAUGCCAGCCUGGCAGCCCCCGGCCGCCGGGGAGAGGGGCGGACCCGGCCCGCGGCCCAGACGCGGCGUUCCCUUCCUUGGGCUUUCUGGCAGGGCCGCUCAGCUCCAUGCAGAGGGGAGAUCCGUUUCCGCCACGCGGAGGGAUUGCUCGGGCACUAGGGAGGCGAUUCUUGUUGGGGUGGGAGACAGGCCAGUAUGUGGAUAUACUUUAGUGAGAUUCUUCAUGUCGGGGGCCCAAAAAGCUCCCUCAGAGCUGUAAUUCCAGAGUCCUAAACGGACAGGAUUUUUGAAUAAGUGGUGGCUGGUUAUCUAACCCGUGCUCUGUGAUGUUGGUAGACUGACAGCCAAAGAGAACUGUUAAAAAGAGACAGAGUUUUGCCCUGUCGCCCAG